AUGGCCCGUGGCAAGUUCUACCAUUGGCCACGUUGCCACGUUGCCACGUUGACACGUUCGCCAGGAUUGAUGGCCCCCUUGCUUCAACAGCAGACCUGCGAGGAAGUGCGACUUGGCGAAGAAGCGAUCCGCACUAUCCCUGAAAAUGGCCUGGAAAGGGAAGUCUGGGAGGAGAACACGGUUCCCAAGGAAGUGAUGUACGUCCUGUUGGUGUGUAGCGACGGCUGUUUCGAGACCCAGGGCUUCGCGAGUUGGUUGUUGCAGCUGCGGUCGCUGAACGGCGCGCAGGUGGCGAUUUUGCCCAUCAUCGCAGAGUCAGGCUUCCGCUUCCCCUCCUUGACCUUCCACAGCGAACUGCUGAGAAUUCCUCACCUUCAGAGUUUCGACCUUGGGAGCUAUGCAAAGAUCAUUCGUGCCUUAUUUGGAGAGCUGUGGUUUUUCGUGGCUUUCACACCUCAGAGCUGUGGAAGCAAAGAGCUCCACCUACGCGCUGAACAGGCGCACGCUCUGCUCGUCCUUGCGCGGCCCCUGGCUGAACGCCUGGCCGCCGUGGAGGCAGAGACCAAGGUGCAAGAUCAAGAUGAAGACACGCAAAAGGCGGUCAUCGCCAUGAAGACCAUCUCUUCCGGCUCCAAUCUUUCCUUGACAGCCACUGUCAGGAGCGAUUUGGAUAUGGCCUUCAUGGCGGAAAUCUACCAGAUGUACUUCAACCCCACGGUGGGUGAACGCUUUUAG